GAGCCUCCGCGGGGAAACACUGCCCCCACCUGUCCGUCCUCCCCCACAGCAGGCGCAUAUCCGCCUUUAGACCAAGAUGACGUCCAGCAGCAGGUACCGGAGCCGCGCGCCUCGUUCGGAUGAUGGGGAGGAUAAAGAAUAUGUCGGCUUUGCGACUCUGCCCAACCAGCUGCACAGGAAGUCGGUCAAAAAAGGCUUCGACUUCACGCUCUUGGUGGCAGGCGAGGCGGGUUUGGGGAAAUCCACACUGGUCAACAGCCUCUUCCUCACCGACUUGUACAAGGAGAGGAAGCUGCUGAACGCUGAGGAGCGCAUCAAACAGACGGUGGAGAUCACCAAGCGCACGGUGGACAUCGAGGAGAAGGGCGUGAAGCUGAAGCUCACCAUCGUGGACACCCCCGGCGUUGGAGACGCCGUCAACAACACGCAGUGCUGGAGGCCGGUCACAGACUAUAUCGACCAGCAGUUCGAGCAGUACUUCAGGGACGAGAGCGGCCUGAACAGGAAGAACAUCCAGGACAACAGAGUCCACUGCUGUCUGUACUUCAUCUCCCCGUUUGGACAGGGGCUUCGUCCGAUCGACGUGGAGUUCAUGAAGGCCCUCCAGGAUAAAGCCAAUGUGGUUCCAGUCAUCGCCAAAGCCGACUGCCUCACUCCCCUGGAGAUAAAAAAACUCAAAGAGCGGGUCAGGGAGGAGAUCGAUAAGUACGGCAUCAAGAUAUAUCAGUUUCCUGACUGUGACUCAGAUGAAGACGAGGAGUCCAAGCAGCAAGACAGAGAGCUGAAGGAGAGCAUCCCAUUUGCCGUGAUCGGCGGGAACACAGUGAUUGAGGUUCGAGGUCAGAGAGUGAGAGGGCGUCUGUACCCGUGGGGCGUGGUGGAGGUGGAAAACCCGUCCCACUGCGACUUCGUCAAGCUGAGGAACAUGCUGAUAAGAACGCACAUGCACGACCUGAAGGACACCACCAACGACCUCCACUACGAGAACUACCGAGCUCAGGCCAUCCAGAACAUGACCAGUAAGAUGAAUGCAGACAAACGGGUUGAGAGUCCGAUUCCCAUCCUGCCACUGUCCACGCCAGACGCGGAGACCGAGAAGCUCAUCAAGAUGAAGGAUGAGGAGCUGCGGAGGAUGCAGCAGAUGCUUCAGAAGAUGCAGCAGCAGAUGCACGAGCAGGACCUGUGACCUGUGACCUCCUCGGGGACCGAACCGCUCCCGCCUGCGCACCGACGAACCCACCAAUGACGAACCCACCGAUGAUGGCAUGCUUUCAUUUUUACGCAGUCUUUAGCCAAGAGAGUCUUGUCAGGCAAUAGAGAGUAGCUUAGCGCACAAGAAGCCAACAUUCUGUUUUCUACUUGAGGCGUUGCAGAGGAACGAAGCCGCACUUCUGUAUUGUCCCGCUGUAAACGUACACAAAAUGAGGAAAAUGCUCAGAAAUGAAUGUGCCAAUAUCAAACUUUCAACAAUUAUUUAUGCCUGCUGAGAAAAUUCAAUAUCUUAUUUCAUUUGUGGAGCUUUUUAGGUACAAAGAGACAAGAACACAUUUUUUCUUCUUCUAAGCUUUUACAUUUUUGCAAACGUGUCCCUAAAAAUCACAGCCGUAAGGUCAACUUUACACAACAGCUCUAGUUUUCACUUUUAGACUCCUCAAAGGUGAAGAAGUUAUUAGUCAAAGACACAAAAAGCAGAUCUUUCCGUCACUUUUUUGUAGUUUCUGAAGUUUCCAGGAUUUCUAAGCAUCCUAAUCACAAAAGCUUUUUUAUCCACUUUGCAUGAAGGGAAAAAAUGACAAGAGAGGCACGACGGAGGUGGAGUCCUGAUAUGGGACUGAACUGAAUGCAUGGUUUUAUCACCGUUCUGAGAAACUAAAGCGUCCAUAGAAUCAUUUUAAAGCAGGAGGCCUGCUGUGGCAGUGCUGCAGUUUGGCUUUUACUUAAGGAUGCAGAUCAUCUUUUAGUUUAAGUGAACGUCCGUUUUCUCCUGUUCCAUCCGUCUGGAUUAAAGUAAAAUAAAAAAUCUUUACUGAGAAAAUCUGUAAUAUCCAACUUAUCAGCAAAACAUCAAUCAUUUUUUAUUUCUGAACAUUACCUUAAUUGUGUUUGUAAAAGGUUCAGAGCAGAGAUGUAGUAGUUUGUGGACUAUUUAUCCCACAAUAAAAAACUGAAAGUUUGCAUUUUGGUUGAAUGAUAAUAAAAUAAUCAGAAUAAUAAAUGGA